UAAGCUGCUGGAGUGGACUCACUGUUUCGCGGUUCAGGGGCCAGACGACCCUCCGAGGAGAAUAAACAUGUCUUUUCGCUCAAGGCUGCUAUAAACAAAGACGAACCAUGUGGAGAGUUCAAGGUUUUGUUGGAAGAGUUCUGCAUCGAUGCCAUGGCAGCAACCCCCUGAGACUGCCCCAGAACCCGGGGCAGUCUCAGGGACUGGGGGAGGCUGAGGUCAUUAACAGCUCAGUUGUCUUCUCCACAUCUCAACACUCUUCUGAUGGCAGCUCUCAAAAAGAGGAGGAUGGCGAGAGGAGGAAGAAACGGAGUACCUUUCAUCUUGGCUUUGCUGAGUUUCCACCUUACACAGCCCUGGAUGCUGUGGGAUUUGGUGCUGCAGCAGUUCUAUUCAUGCAGAUCUGCAGGAGGAUCCACUCCCAGUACGCCUCAAGCUCUGAGCCGAGUCCUAUCCCCGGAGCCCUGACGGCACCUUCCGCCCUGCACAAGUGUGGCUACCGCAUUCUGCUGGAGAUCUUGUCGAGACGAGAUGUCCUCCCCAGAGGAAGGAGUGUGUUGUGUCUGCCAGAGAGAUGGACCCAAGACCGAGGUCAGGUCUGCAGCAGCAGCAGUUCGGGCGAUGCCAGUCUUCACCGCAGCAGUGAGCAGGCACAUCUGACCACUGACGGCUCCAUCUCUGACCAACAGAGGGCACUCCUGUACCAGGACUCUCCUACACCUGAGGAAUCACUUCCGUCAGCAUCCUGUCCUCUGCAGAAUGAUGCCGACCGAGACUACAUCGGGACAAAAGAUGCCGAUGAUAAGGACCUGCCGUCUGCUGAGGAGAGACUGGCAGGAGCAGCACUGAAGCUCGGGCGUGUGGGAGAUACCAACAUUCCCGUUAUCCUCAACAUCAUUGGUUUAGAAAGUACCAAGAGUGAAAACUACGAGGAGGCUUUUACAUGUUUUCUCGCUGCAGCUGAGCAGGGUUACAGCAAGGCCCAGUUCAACACGGGGGUGUGCUAUGAGAAGGGCAGAGGAGUCGUCAAGGACAAAGACAAGGCUCUGUUUUACUACUGGCAGGCAGCCGUGUCUGGCCACAGACAGGCGCAGUACCGCUACGCCAAGCUGCUUCUGACCAGCAGGGGGCGCCAGAGUUUAGAGGAGCUGAACACGGCCAUCGGCUUCCUCAAACAGGCUGCUGCAGCUGGAAUAAGCAAGGCUCAGGUCUGCCUGGCCUCGGUCUACACGCAGGAGCCAGUAAGAGACCGGAGCAGGUCGGUCAAGUACCUGAAGAUGGCGGCAGAGAGUGAAGACGACACCGCCCUGCUGUUUUUAGGUCAAUGUUUUGAGAGCGGCUUUGGGGUGGAGCAGAAUCAGAGGACAGCGAUUGAAUACUACAAGAGAGCCGCUCACGCCGGCAACAAGCAGGCGAAGAGUUUACUGACCCCUCUGAGUGAGACGCUCAGGAAGGCAGAAGAGGCGGUGUUGCGCUGCAUCCGUUCAUCUCCGUGUUUCUCUGCAGCCGGUCGUGUGCCUCCCUCCUCCAGUCGCCCCAUCGCCCUUCCUCUCCUGCCUCACUCCUGGAGCACUGGGAGCCUGUGCGUCCCCCCGGCACUGUCCUCCACACCGCUUCACCUUCAUCCACAAAGCGCCGAGGGAGGAGCCUGCCAGUGGACUCUAGGGAUUGGACAGUUAUCAGCCAGCAUCGGUCAAACUGAGGAAUGUAUUUCAUAGCUUGAAUGUAUUUUCACCAGAGGAGAAAGGUCAAAGUGUGUUCGGUGUGUACAUACUGUGAAGUCUGCAUGAGAGUGAAUCGAUUUUAUACUUGGUCAAAUAUAUAUAUAUAUAUAUAUAUGUGUGUGUGGACAGACCUUUUGUUAGAGUUGUUUUAUAAAGCUGAAUGAGUUGUUGGAUA